CCCAAAUGCCAUUCCAUCUGGAUCUACCAGUUCAUAUCAUAUUACCCUCUUACUAGCCUACUAUGGACGACCCUGAGAUUAACCAAGAUCAAGAUCAUGAUACUAUUUCAACCGGCGGAAGCCCUGGUGAUGGCGUUUGUCCCCCAGUCUCUUCCCUCCGGUCCGCCUUUCGGAAGGACGAUCCCAGCCAAUACACACUUAGAGGUUAGAGAACACCUCAAGCAUGAUCAUCGACCUCGGCGAGCCAAGCUCUUCUGGGUGUUAAACAAUGGCCAAGUUGCUGAAGCUCAUGAAGGCAUGUCAAUAUCAAUAGAGUGCCCAACCGUAACUCUAUGGCUGCCUGAGGAGAAAAGAUCACCAUAUCCGUUUGAUGUCGAAGACUGGAGCGAAGCGAUAGAGAAAUCCAGCCUCGCCACCUCGUAUAUCUUCAAUUGGCAUAGUGAGUAUGGCGGCGGCCUUUGGCUCGACGAAAGCCAUGGUCUGGAAGCUGCUAGAAAGAUUCAAUCUCAUCCCUGGAUUAGUACGACUCUUUUUGAUAACUCGGAAAGCGAGGAAGAGGACAAGUCGACCAAGACUUCACUUGACGGUGACAAGAUUGUAUCAUGGCGCAAUGCUGUGACUGCCUCUCAGGCUGCAAAGGCAGAGAGUUAAACUGAAGACGUUAUAAUAAAUACCGUGACGCCAGCCUAGAUACAGAGGUGAGUCUGAAUUUUUGC